UAGUAAUUAACAAGUUGUGCAUAAAAAGAAUAUAUAUAAACGAUGUUUACAUAAAAUUUUGCGACUAUAUAUAACUUUGUGAAACAUCUGCUAUAUUAUAUGGUUAAAGUUUUUCAUAUGUUCAUUUAGAUGAUAUUAGAAAGAUAUUUGAUUUAAUAUGAGAACUUAUAGAUUGGUAUGUAAUGCAUUAUAAAGACAAACACAAUUUAAAAGUGCACACUUACACACAUCUCCAAGGCUGUGGAGUUAUCAGCAUUCAACAAUUGCUUAGCUGGCUGCCUCACACACAUUUUAUAUACCUUGUCCACUUUAGUAUUCUCUAAACCAGCCACCUGUACUGUGUAUAUUAUCCUAAGUGCUCUUCAACUUGAAAUUUUUAAUUUUCAGAUUAAUAUCAUUUAUAAUUGAAAAUUAUGUGCGAAGAUUGGAAUUUCUGAAGAAAUUUAAGUUGUAAAACUUUUAUCGCAGCAAAAUAUUCUAAAUCACAGUUUUAUCAUGAUAAUUUCUGGAUUAAUCAUUUGAAAAAAUUUGAAAUCAACGGUAAUUGUGUUGAUAAAUAUUCUCUGAUAUGGAGACGCUUGAGGAUUUGUCUCUUUAUUUCUACAUUGCAUGUGGAAUUGCAGCCAUUGGAUUUUUAAUACUUUUCAUUUUAAUUACAAUUCUUUUUGUUAAAGUAAAACGACUCACUGUUGAUGAUUUAUUGGGGGAGGGGGAGAUUUUUUUUGUAAGAUCAAAUCAAUUGAACAGGCAAGUAAAUAUGAUGUCUGAUUUUUGUUACACAAAUCCGACAAUUGUCCCGGGUGAAGAAUUGUCGCGAAGGGGAUUUUCAAUGUACAGUGGCGCUGAUCAUUUUGGCGAAGAUUUUUCAUCGAAAAAUAAAUACACCAGCGGUAUGUAUAUGCAGGAAAAUAGAUCAAAAUUUUGAUAAUAUCAAAAAUUUAAAUUACAAUCAUUAGGAAUUAUUUUUUUUAUUAAGAAAUCAGAAAUAGAAGAAAAUACAAGAAAAAUAGGGAACGAUAAUUAUGAAUACAAAAUUAAUAAUUAUAAAAAGUAAAAAAAACAAUAAAAUGUUUUAUAUUUAAAAAAUAAUUACAAAUAAAAUUUCAAAAAUAAAUUAUAGUAAUUUAAAAAAAAAUUGCGCAAUUAUUUGUUUGUAUUCAUAAUAUGAGAUUAUCGAGCGAUGGUUUUACAGAGAAAAAUAGUUCUCCUAUCCAUUGAAAGAUGUCACUACUAUUUAGAAAUUCAGAAAAUUCAAAAGUACCUUGCCAAUUUAUUGUAAUAUUUUUAGAGGAAAUUUUCAAAUUUUCAAUAGUAUAUUAAGCAACAAGAGGAGAAAGGCAGCCAUUUCUUUACGGUGAUUUUUGU